UAUAACCUCAACCUGCCUACAAAAAUAUAAAUCUCCCUGGGACCAAUAUACUGUUGAAGACAUUACGUUAUUAAGAUAAAAUAAUGGACAUAUAGUUAUUAAUUACAUGUAGGUAUUUUGCUUAUUUUUUUCUAGGUGCCAAAUGGCAGCGAAAAAAAUAAAGUUUUCCGAAUAUUACGUUAAGUUUGGAUUUACCUUCAUCGAAAAAGACGAGUUACAAUUGCCUCAGUGUGUGAUAUGUAUGAAAUUUUUAAGUAAUGAUAGCAUGAGGCCCAAUCGCCUUGAAAGGCAUUUGAAGCAACAACAUCCUACUCUGGUUUUGAGUACGAAAGAGUUUUUUCUUCUAAAGCAGAAUCACUCAAGCGGAUGAGACUGGAUAAAUCGGGGAGUUAUCACACAGGUGUAUCGCAGCAUCCCAAAGCUUUAUUUGAAACAGCUUUUAUGAUAGCAAAGCAAAAGAAACCUCAUACUAUGGGUGAAGAAUUAAUAAAACCAUGUGUCCUAAAAGCCACGCAGAUAAUUUUAGGAGAUGCAGAG